AUGGGCUAUGACCAUGCCGAACAGAAAGAGCUGGACUCGGCUCCCUCGAGUUCCAACUCGGGUGCUGGCGGCAGUAUCGUCGAGGAGCCGGACACACAGAAAGAGUGGGACGAGGAAGUUGAGGGAUCCGAGGACGUAGGGACGUUACCGGAUGUCGGGGGAAAGCACAGUGACAGCAAGCUGGAACACGAACAUGCGCAUCACCAUCACAAGGGACGGCUGAAGCUGCGAUCCGCCGACGAUGAUCUUCCCACGAGCUGGUGGUUUGCCUCCACCGCCAUUCCCCUCAUCGCCGCCACGUUCGCACCUAUGGCCAAUCUGAAUUCUAUCGCUGCUCUGGUGGUGCCCUGGAGGAACAGACUCACCCAAAGCCCGGCCGAGUUCCCUGAGACUUAUCAAUCCACUUCCGUCGGCUACAAGGACCCGACGUGGUGCGUCAGUCUGAACAUCGCCUCGCUGGUAUGUGGCUUUGUAGGGAACCUCUUCCUCCUCUUUAACUUCACCAAGCGCGUCCGCUAUAUCGUCGCUCUGCCUGCGACUAUCGUGCUCUUCUACAUGGCGUCGGGCAUUUUGAUCGGAAUAACCGUCUCAAUGAACCUCCAUGUUCCCCCUGGUAUAGGCGACGUAUAUUCUCAGGGUUAUUGGAAUGCUGUCAUCGCCGCGUGCCUCUACAUGUUUAAUUCUGUAAUACUGAUGGUCAACAUGUGUGGUUAUUUCCUGGGCCAUUAUCCUCAGCACUUCACCCUGACCGAUGAACAACGCAAUCUGAUCCUGCAGACGAUGAUGUUCUUCAUAUGGCUGGGCGGAGGUGCUGGCAUCUUUAGCCGGAUUGAAGGCUGGACCUAUCCCGAUGCUCUAUAUUUCUGCGACGUGACCAUCUUGACCAUUGGCUUUGGAGACUACUAUCCCACAGACGAUGUUGGGCGCGGCCUCGUUUUUCCAUACUCGGUGGGAGGAACCAUUAUCCUAGGUUUGAUGGUCAGCUCCAUCCACAAAUUCGCCGGAGAGCUCAGCACGGUCAAUGUCCUUCGCAAACACGUCGAGCAAAGAAGGGUCAGUACCCUCUCGCGGGUCAUCACAGUCGACGACGAUACCGAAGAGAAACGACGCGACGAGCUGGAGAAAGAAGUGGAGUUUGAGGAGAGACAUGGUCGGCGUCCAUCCAUCUCAUAUCCGCUUCCGGACCCUCAAAUCCAGCAAGACCUGGACGAAGCAGCACGUCACUCACAUGAUCCUCCGAACGCAGCUCCGACUCAGGGUCGUCAAAUCGAGUUCGGGAACACCGAUGCUGAACAGUUGAAAAAGGUGGAAUGGGAUGAGGAGGCUCCGCGUCCUAAUCAGUUUUUGCGCUCAGCAUUCCGUCGAGGCCCAAUACAUACCACGUUGCGACAGAUUACACCCUUGAUGAAAAGGACGCUUUCAAGGUCGCAAUCGAAAGCCAUUCUCAUGAAGGAGGAAAAGGACCGGUUCAAUGCUAUGCGUGACAUUCAGCAAAACGCGAAGAAGUUCAAGAAGUGGUACGCCCUGUGCAUGUCAGUGACCGCAUUCGGCAUCUUAUGGUGUGCUGGCGCUGUGGUGUUCUGGCGGGCCGAGCGAACCACCCAACGUCUGACUUACUUCCAGGCUCUAUACUUCUGCUACGUCAGCUUGCUGACCAUCGGCUAUGGCGACCUGAGUCCCAAAAGUAAUGCCGGCAAGCCAUUCUUCGUGGUGUGGUCGUUGAUUGCGGUCCCCACCAUGACCAUUCUCAUCUCGGACAUGGGAGACACCGUCAUCUCCAGUUUCAAGCGGGGGACCUUCAAACUAGGUGACUUGACUGUCCUUCCCAAGGCGGGACUUUGGCACGACCUCGUCAUGCGACAUUCCUGGCUUUACAACUGGAUGAAGAAACGAACUGAGAAGAAGCGUCGCAAGGCCGGCCUCCCAGUCGGACCGUCCGCUGACGACGCUCCACCAAUAUCGAGCAUCGAACAGUUGGCAUCCGAGGAUCUGACCGAGGCAGAGUUGACUUCUCGACUAGCAUGGGCUAUCCGCAAAACCGCCGACGAUCUCCAUCAUUCACCCGGCAAACGAUACAGCUACGAGGAGUGGUGCGAAUUCACCCGUCUCAUCCGCUUCACCAAAGUCGGGCUCGCCCAGCUCGAAUAUGACGAGGAAGUAGAUGGUGUCGUCGAGUGGGAUUGGCUCGACGAGAAUAGUCCCAUGCUCAGCCAGCAGUCCGAGUCGGAGUGGAUUCUAGACCGUCUGUGUGAGAGCUUGCUUCGGCUCCUCAAGAAGAACAUGUUGGCCCCGGGCAGUGCACCGCAAUCUGCAGUUACACAGUCCAGCAGUGCGGAUCUGAACAUCUUCGGUCUCGACCGUCGCGGGACGAUCUACGAGGACCCUUAUAGCGAUCAGAAAGCGUCCAGAUCCGAUACCGCGAAGGGCAAGGGCGUCGAGCCCGUCCCGCCGUCGAAAGCUGAGGAACGACAACGCAGAGCGUCCGGUGCUGACGCCGUGCUUACGUUCUUCACGGGCGAUAGAAAGGGGACUCACGCGUAUGCGGACGACGGACCACAAUGGAGUAAAAAGGGGCUGGACCGCCUCAAGGAGAGCGGGCGACGACGGAGCAGUGGCGGUCGCAAGCGAGUAGGCCCAUUCAGCAGACUGGUCCAUCACGGCAAGACCGGGACCGUCGGAGGCGGGAGAGGCGGUGCCGGGCUCCGAACGCUUAAGCUGAGACAGUUUGCUGGUGACGGAGACAGAGACGGCCAUGGGAUAACGUGA